AUUAUGCUACCGUCACGUCACUCAUGUAUGGGAUUGGAACGCGCAUAGCAUUUCGAAAUAACCUCGCCACUCACACAAAAUGAUCAGUUCUACUGUGAUAGAAAACCCUUCUGCUUUUUAAUCCUCCAAAUUAUAAAGCGAUCCUAAUGGAUACAUGUGAAAGAAUCACCAUAUCGUUUGUUCUCUUGUUCAUUGUUCUCUCUUCUCAGAUCCCUUCAGUGGCUGGAGAUGGAGAUCAUGUUUCCCGAGAGAUGCAAGAAGAGCCACCAUAUCUUACUAGGAUAGUAACAGAUCAGAUAUCUUUGUUGAAGAGAUCCUGUGGUAAUUCUUGGGACAAAGUCAAAAUCAUCAUCCGUUAUUUGCAGAUACAGUUUUAUCCUCCAAAUUUAGAUUUUAGAAGCGCUGAUCAACAAGAGAGUACUAGGAGUGAAAAUGGUGGAGGUGAAAAGAUGAAGAAGGUCGUGGAGAAAUGUAUUAGGACAAGCAAAAGGACAGCUGAAAUAUCAGCUGAAUCGGCUGCAGAAGUGAUGCUAGAAGCAAUGCAUAGAGCGGCAGAAAAGGUGAAGAAUAGGCUAUCCAAUUCAGAUGAACAGGAGAGCAGUCAUGAUGAACUUUAAGCAAACCUAGCUAGUUAAUCGCCUUUUUAACUAAUUAUUUGUCAUUGUUUUAUUUUUGUUGUUUAAACAGAUUUCUAGUGUUGCUCACGAAGCUCAGUAAUAUGAUAGAUAUUAUAUAUAUUAUUAA